AUGGCAGCUAAUUCUCGACGUCGAUUGAGCUUUGUUGAUUUUGCUCCUCCACAAGCCUGGCAUAAAUUAAUCGAAUACACUCAAGUUACAAUUGCAUUUACGAAAUUAAUUACGGAUUUCACCAAUCAAUGGGCGAAAAUAUGUUUUCUAGCUUCAUCUCAAUUGCAUCAACUUGUUAUCGAUUUUCGGAAGAAAACUGAAGCGGAAAUUCGUGGAAAAUUUCAACUAGGCGGCCGAAUGUAUGAUCUAUGGGAAUCCUUACUAUUAGAAUCGGAAUUAGAAUCCCAGGCAUUGAAAAAAAUGGCUUGUUUCAUGGAAAAAGAGAUUGCGGGACAGUUGGGCUGUUUUACCACUAGUAAAAACAUUCAAUUAUCUAUUAAUAAACAAUGUCGCAAUGAUCUGAACAAUAUCGUCAAUAAGAGUCAUGAGAUUGUGCAGAAAUUACAAGAAGACUAUGCUAAGAUAUAUGAAGAAUGCGGUGUAACGCCCGACUUUCAUUGUGCGCAUAAUUCAUACGUUUUGGAAUUGACUGGCGUCAACAGCCUUCGAUCGAAAUAUCAAUAUCAUGUACUACCGCAACUUUUACAAGGAAUGGAGCAAUCGCAAGUGGAAAUUAUUGAAACGGCUUGUCAAAAUCUUCAAUUGAUCGCUUCAGUCAUACAAAACUACCACGAACAACGACAUCGCAGUUUCGAGUCAUUCGUAGUUACGAGCAAAACAGCAAAUCCCAACGAAGAGCUGGAAAACUAUAUAUGUUCCGUGAAUGAAACAUCAGGAGACUCAUCGGUACCAACAGUUCAUAUUGAAUUCGAGUCGUUUAUUUCUCCAGUGGAUAUUCAAAGUACAAUGAAUUCGCGAUAUUUAUCGCCGCAUACAACCGAUCAGUUAAUUGUUUAUGCUGCUCCAGUACUCCAGUCUCAGUUAAUAUCACGUUGCAGAGAAACAGGAGAACGUUUAAAAGAAAUUAAAAAGGAGAAAACUUCAAUAUUAACUGCGACUGCUAAGCAACCGAUCAAGCAAUGCCAACCGAAUGACGAUCAACAACAAACGGAGAAAAAAUAUUUGAAUCAAAUGAACGACUGGAUGAAAAAGAAACAACAACUACGUUUACUCGAAUUGGAAGAAUCGGUGUUAGCGGCUCAGGCUACACGUUAUGUCAACUUGAAGAAAGAAGAUAUUGGCGUGAAAACUGAUCUGAUCUAUUUAGAAGGCGAAAUUCUUUAA